CGAGGUGGGCCUAAAAGACUCCGGGUUCGGGCCUCCUGGGCGGGAGGGAAUGAAUGGGCGCUGACCCGGAGGCGCGUCCGCUCUAGGGACAGGCCUUAGGCGUGUGAGUGGCCGCAGUAUGGAGGACGACGCUCCGGUGAUCUAUGGGCUGGAGUUCCAGGCCCGUGCUCUAACACCUCAGACUGCAGAAACAGAUGCCAUUCGGUUUUUGGUUGGGACGCAGUCUCUUAAAUAUGAUAAUCAGAUCCACAUCAUAGAUUUUGAUGACGAAAAUAACAUUCUAAAUAAAAAUGUCCUCCUCCAUCAAGUGGGUGAGAUCUGGCACAUUAGUACCAGCCCUGCCGACAGAGGUGUGCUGGCCACGUGCUACAAUAAACGUGAGUAUUUGCAGGUGUUGAAACGCACCUGCAAGAUUGUGUGGACAGGACCAAAAGAACUAGCGGGAGGAGGAGUGAGGUAGCCUGACGAGACCAGCGGCUCUCUGCACACCCUCUCCUUGCUGUGCUUUCUAGAAGGGACUAGGCAUGGGAACAUGCUACAUGUCAUGUGGGAGCCCACGGGGGACGGGAAGAAGGUCAUCUCGCUGGCGGACAACCACAUCCUGCUGUGGGACCUGCAGGAGAGCUCUGGCCGGGCCGUGCUGGCCAGUUCGGCAUCCCUGGAGGGGAAGGGGCAGCUGAAGUUCACCUCGGGACGGUGGAGUCCUCACCACACCGGCACCCAGGUGGCCACUGCGAACGACACGGCCAUCCGAGGGUGGGACACGCGGAGCAUGAGGUCAAUAUACUGCAUAGAGAAUGCCCACGGGCAGCUGGUGCGGGACCUGGACUUCAACCCCAACAAGCAGUACUACCUAGCCAGCUGUGGGGACGACUGCAAGGUGAAGUUCUGGGACACCCGAAAUGUCACCGAGCCCGUGAAGACCCUGGAGGAACACUCCCACUGGGUAUGGAGCAUCCGCUACAACCACUCUCACGACCAGCUUGUCCUCACGGGCAGCAGCGACAGCAGGGUCAUCCUGUCCAACAUGGUGUCCAUCUCCUCCGAGCCCUUCGGCCACCUGGUGGACGACGAUGACCUGAGUGACCAGGAGGAGCGCCGUCCAGAGGAGAAGAGCCAGGAGCCCCCACAGGACAGCGUCAUCGCGACCUACGAGGAGCAUGAGGACAGCGUGUAUGCCGUGGACUGGUCCUCUGCUGACCCCUGGCUCUUCGCCUCCCUGAGUUACGACGGGAGGCUCGUCAUCAACAGGGUGCCCCGGGCGCUGAAAUACCACAUACUGCUGUAGCCCCAUCCUGAUCCGUCUUUGGCAGGUUCUCGAAAACGUGCGGCUCUU